CAGGCAUUAUCCUAAUGGUUUUUAUGGCCAUUUUAGGGCAAUAAUUAUUAUUAUUCCUUUUAAAAAAUUUAAUUUACCGGUAAUUAAAUAAUGUAAAAAGUAAAGGCAAAGGUGGGCUAAGCAAGUUAAUAAUUAAUUAUGAUAAUGGUAUUUUAAAAUACGUUCAUCUACUGUCCAAACUGAUUUCAAGCACCAAGUCCAUGAUUUAUUAUUUAUUUAUUGUUGUUAUUAUUUUAAAUUUUGUUUAAUGUAUUGUUUCAAUAACAUUUUGUAUUUUAGUUUAAGUAAAGUUAUCUUUCCAAUUUAGUAACUCUCUUCCAUUGGAGGUAUUUGUUUACAAAUGGUUGCCAUCCAUGGUAACUAAGAUUAUCGUUGAGCGUAAGUUAAAUGUAAGUUUAAUUUUUACGUGAUAGUUUUUUUUUUGUAUUUAUUGUUUUAUCUUAAAGGUUCAAAAUUUAAAAUGAAUUCAAAUGGAUAUUUUAGGGGUUUUGUACACAUUUAUUUAAAUACGGUAAUCAAAACAGCGUAGCCGUAGCGUUGGACCGACAUUAAAUUUAAAAAAUUUUAAAAUCAUUCAUUUAUUAGUUUUUAGUUUUUAGGCUGUUAUUAAAGUAUUGGUUAUUGAAAAGUUACUGUUUAUUCUGAGUUUAUACUAUUACUAUGAAUGUCAUGUCAAUAUGUGUAGUAUGAGUAGGCGUACGGCUACAGACAGUGACAGUCAUUUUAAUUUUGCGAUCCUAUUCAAUUUAUUCAUUCACUUUCACCAUUCAUUGACAUUUGUCAUCCAUUGUUGGCCUUUCCUUAUUUAUCAUUGACCUUACAUUAAGAAUAGUAUAGUAUAGUAUGGAGUUUAAGUUUAAUACUUUAGAAUAGCAAGUUGAGUUGCUUUCAAUGUUCAAUCUGAGUGGAUGGGAGAGGGUAUAACUAUAACUCUCCCUGCCUCCCUCUAACUUUUAAAUUUCCAGAGGUAACAAAAUUAAUUUAGAAAACAAUACAUUUACAUUUACUCAAUAUUUUGUUUUAUAUUUUUUUAUUAUUUGCUUAGUUUAGUGGGGAUUUGGGUUAAGUGGGGGGGGGGGGUUGGACAUGUGAUUUGACAACACAGCCAUUUCCCGUGUAUUAUAGUUCAUAGUCAUAGUCCUACUCUCAGUAAAAUAAAUAAUACUAGUGGCUAAUGGUAUUAAUGUAUUUCAUUACUAAUACUAAAUCUCAGGAGUGUCCAAAGACACUUAAGUAUUUAAUUUAAAAGUUUAAUAAUAAAAGCUUUAAAAAAUCUAUUAGCCAAUGGCCUAAGUGCUAGGGCUAGGGCUACUAAAACUGACUCAGCUGUGUCUCGUCUAACUCUAGUCUAGCUACUAACAGGGUUUGUUUACUUAUUAAAUUGUGGGGCUCACAUUUUAUUAGUUAUUUUAUUAGUAUGUUUGGUGGCACUCCUCAGAAGGGAAGUCCCAAAUUAAAAAUAUAAUACUCUGUUAGACAGUGUCUGGCUACCAGCCUUAUAGCUGCCGAUAAUUGGUGACUUAAGACUUAAGGUGGUCCAUGGGUAAAAAAAAAUUUCUGUUUCUUAUUAAUUGCCAAAAAAAAUUUUUACUACAUACUAUCUGUACACUAAUAAAAAUAUGAAAAAACACAAAAGUUUAAUUUGAAAAAAAAUUUUUUGACUUUUAUUGCAAAAAAAUUAAUUAUAAUUUUGUACCAAUUUUUACUGUUACGCAAAAGUUAUUGAAGAUAAGAAGUUUUACAAUAUCGCAAUGAAACUUUGCACACUGAUAAAUAAUAACAUUGUUAAAAGAAUAAUACAGGCUCACUGCAUUAUAAUGGUAGGAAAAGCUGUAAAUGACAUGUAUGCGGGGUCACUGAAAAAUUUGGCAAAAUUUUGGGGGUAGCCGAGGUAAAAAAAUCAUUUAAAAAAAUUGAUUGUAUAGAUAUAAAUAAGUAUGUAUGUACAAGUAGAGAAUAUCAAUGGAAAGAAGCAUGCAAAGUUUGAAGUCUGUAGAUGUAAUACUUUUCCUUCUGACACAUUUGACAUUCCUCAAAAAUGUUAGACACGCAAAGUGGAGAAAAACAAAAAAGAAGUUUUAAAAUGUUGUUUUAAAAAAUUACUUGCCUUAUCGAAUGCAUAAUCCAUGAACAUAUACCAAUCAUGAAUGAAAAAGCAAUAUAAAAAUUUAGAUAGAACAGAUAGUAAAUAAAUUAGCUUAUUUUUUCAAACAUCAUCCCCUGUAACUAAUAAAAAUUUUAUAAUAAAUACAAAAUUCUGAAAUUUUCUCUAUGCUACAUGUGUUAAAAGACAUCUAUUAUUAUGUAAACAAUAUCAAUAGAAAUUAGUGUGCAAUAUUUGAAGUAGGUGGCUACAACACUGCCCCUCCUGAAACAUCUGACGUCGAAAAAAAAUGAAAAGUUGAGAAAAAUGAAAAUGACGUUGAUUAUUGAUAAUUUUAAAAAAUUGCAUGCUUUACGAACAAUACAGAAUGCAUAAUCCUUCUACUUCUUCUAUAUCUUAAGGGCCCACGAUCAAUUUAUUGAUCAUUUUGGCUCCUAUGCAUGUAGAUGGGAUUUGCAAUGUUUCUGUUCCUGGUGUUGAUGAGGAAAUUUCACUGAUUUCUAGUGCCACUUUGUGAGGGAAUCAUGCACUAGGGGUUGGAAGGCUUGAGGCAAUAGACACAAAUGUGUCUAGUGUUUUCGCCUCAACCGUUCCUUUUGAAAGAUUGUUCCAGUCCCUGAUUGUCUUGGGCAGAAAUGAGCAGCUCCCAUACUGGCUUCUUGCUGGUAUGAGCCUGAAUUGCCUGUCAUGGCCUUGUCGCUGUCUAUGGGGGAGAGGACGAGUUUCUGUUUAAUCCAUGCACAUAUACUAAUCAUGAAUGAAAAAACAAUUUAAAAACACAGUUAUAAAAGAUAAAAAAUUAAUAAAGUCGUGUUUUCAAAAUACCAACCCCCGUCCCAAAUUAAAAUAUUAUGAAAAACAAAAAAUAAUUUAAAAAUCCCUUCAGGACAGAUCUUAUAGAAGGAGGUGUUAUUAUGUAGAUAAUAUCAAUGGUAAAAAGCAUGGAAAGUUUGAAGCCUGUAGCUAUAAUACUUUUCCUCAUGAUGCAUUUGGCAUUCCUGAAAAUCUGAAAAACGCAAUUUGCAAAAAACAAAAAAUUUUUUUAAAAUUAAAGACUACUUAUUGAACAAUAUUGGAUGCAUAUACCAUGUACAUAUACUAUUCGUAAAUGAAAAAACAAUAUAAAAACACAGAUAUAAAAGAUAGAAAGUAAAUAAAGUCAUGUUUUUAAAAUCAACCCCUUGUCCUAAAUGAUAAUAUAAAAAAUUCUGGAAAAAUCUCUCAUGUGAGGUAUGAAGAUAUAACGGUGUCCCUCCUGAGUGAGCCAACUCCAAACAUAGGACACAUCAAUGUCUACUACCUCUGCAACUUAUCCUUGUAGGUUGGUAGUGUAGCAUUUUGGUAGAUCGUCUUUUGGUGAAUGUUUAGUAAAUUGAUUAUUUGGAAAAACUUCUCCAUACCAGCAUGCCCCAAUCCAGUCAAAUUUACAGAUAAUUUUGAAAGCUGGCGGUGAAGCUAGUGCAGAGGCUGGCAGUGAAGUUGGCGCUAGCCUGGCUUUCUCUAGUUGCUUGGACUUGGAUCUCUUGGUCUUGGGGGCAGUGAUUUUCUGUAUUAUGAAAAAAAAUGUUUUUAUUAGCUUUUGAAACAUAAAAUUGUAUUAGUCUUAGCAAUUAGCCCCUAGUUAGCGAGGCAAAUGUAAAUAGAAUCAGUACUAUAUAUUUUUUUGUAUCUAACGAAAUGGUAAGAUUUCUACUAUUAUUACAUUAUUACUAUUUGUUUUAAUUUUAUUUUUAAUACAAAUUAGGAAAUCCUAGACUCUAGGCCUAUUCAAAUUUUUCAUUCAUUUACAUUUAUCAUUAUUACUAAUAUUACCAUCUCAUAAAUUUUGUCAUUGACAACGAAAUACAAAUCGAAAAUAUCACACCAAAUUAGACACGUGUAAGGACACAAACGUAAAGAAAAAUGAUAAUGAAUGUAUUGUAAUAUUUUUUGUAUUACAAUUUUGUAUAUUUAGGCAUAAAGUAGCUUUCAAUUGGAUUCAUAAACCUAUGCUCAUUACAUUUUUACUACAUAACUGCGUAUAUUGCUGUUUCGUAAAAUAAUACUAGUACUAGUAAGAAGGCUAUUCUGAGGAGUGUCUGUUUGGCAUCCUAUCCCUUCUGCAAUUAACAAAAAUAGCAAGCUGCUUUACCGACUUGACUCAGCAAACAACCCUGAUUUGGUAUAAGAAAACAAUUAGUUGACUUAUGUUUGUACUAUACAAUGUUAUAAAGGCUAUAAUAUUUGAAGGGCUAAAAAAAAAUUGCGCAAUUCAUUUUUGAAAUUUCAUUUUUAAAGUUUACUUUGAAAAAGUGUGCGAGAAUGGUUGGGGAGGGGGGUGUUAAUUGUUCAGAUACAAUUGAACUAAUGUAUCUAUAUAAAUAUAAUAUUUAAGUUAAGAUAUCAAUGAUUUGCAUUAAUUAUCGAAAAAAAAUAAUGUCUAAUAUCUGAGAUAAUGGUUACUUUUUUUUAAAAAAAUCAGUUAAUAAAUAAUAUUGGUAAUAAUACAUUAUUAUGAUCACUUUGUUAAAGGAUAAAUGCUUACUAAUUUUUUAGGGUAUAUUAAAGAAUAUUAGGUAUCUAAUUCAUUUUUUAAUAUAGUUCACUCUGUAUUUCCCAAGCCAAAAGUGACUUGUAGGCUACUGUCUCUUAACACUCUAUGUGGCAGAGGGUUCUAUUAGAAGUGGGCAAAAAGUGCAAAAGAAGUGAAGUGGGGGAGUAAAAAUAUACAACUAAAAGGCUGCAAUUUUAUAAAAAUCCUGAAAAGGUUAUGGAAACACUCAUUACACUUAUUAGGCCUUCAUUAAUUUUUAAGCUAAAAUUUUGAACAAGAUUUUUAGGAUAUGUUUAUUAUACUUAAUUUGUUAUUUAUCAGUUUUAUAAUAAUUUAUCACUUUUUUAUUGCAAUUUCACAUUAUUUUCAGGUUUCAGUGGGAAUUUUAACUUUUGCCCUUUUAAUCUUUCAUUUAUUUCAAGCUCUUUUGAAGCAAGCAUACAUCCUGAACAAUGGGAACAAUGAAUUUAGGAUAUGAGUUGCUUCAAAGCAGUCACCCAAAACCUAAAGAAUGUCUUGAUUUUACCCCUGACCGCAUGAUGCCCGUUUCCACAAUGCAUCGAAUGGCCCUAAAAGCUCAAGAAAAUAUCAUCUUACUAAUGAACAACACUCGAAUGCUCACCAGACAUCAUCGUUUGGCUAGCAUGAAUGAUGUUCUUGUGUAUCUAACUGUAAGUUUGUUCAUAUCAGAUGUCUUUAACAUUAAAAUUUACAGAUAAAUAAAUAUUUUCAUUUUUGUAGUAGUAGUUUUAAAAAGAUAUAAAUCACAAACUAUGUAAAUUUUCACUUGAUCCUGCUAUGGAUUGUUUGUUCAGUCCACAACAGGUAAUUCAAAAGUAAAUUAUUAUUUUUAAAACAUAUUUUCUUUUAAUAAAUGGUUUAAAUUUAAAUUUGUGAAUCGCUUGUUAAAUUUAGAUUUGCUAAGGGUAUAAUUUAUAUAAUUUAUUGCACUUACAGGCCUUACAAUGUUUUUUUUGGCUCUCAGUGUAAAAAUAAUUGUGUUGACAUGUAUUAUGAUUCUUUCUUCCAGUCCCUGUUUCUGAAAUGGGAUAAUGCUUAUAGGCUUCAAAUAAAUUACAGCAUUUAUAAAAAUAAGUAUGCCUGGUCUUAACUAACCUAUAGCAUUUACAUUUUACCAUAAAAAAACAAAUUGCAAUCAGUAACUCAUAUAUGUAUUUUGUCAGGGAAAUCAUGAAGAUCAAGGCAUGCCAGGGGACAGGGGAGAUUUUUACAGGAGGAAAUUGGCAGAACAACUCUAUCUGCAUUAUGCUAUCCAAAACAUUGAUCACACAAAUGUGUUAACUUUGGUUGAAGGCUUACUACGCCUGGAACAAGACUGUCGCAAAAUCCUGUCCAGUCUAGCCUGUCAUCGUUCAGAGGCACCUCCCAUCAAUGUAGAUGGACAGAUUUUAAACGUCAUUGCCCGCCUGGCAAAUAUCCAAUAAAAUUAUUAUUUGUAUAUUGAACUUGCCCAAUAAAUUGAAAAUAAGAUCAUGUAAUGAAUCAUUAGCUGCUUUGCUUAAAAACACAAUCCAAUGCAUAAAUUCAUCAUAAUUGAUCAUGUUUACAAUUAUCUUAAAAGAUAAUGAUUUUAUUUCUCCAAAAUUUUAAAUUUUCCUGGUAGUUUUAAAAAGAUAUAAAUCACAAACUAUGUAAAUUUUCAUUUUUUUUACUUGAUCCUGCUAUGGAUUGUUCGUUCAGUAUACAACAGGUAAUUCAAAAAGUAAAUUUUUAUUUUUAAAAUAUAUUUUUCUUUUAAUUAACGGUUUAAAUUGUAGAUAAAAAGAUUUCACUUUAUUUCUUGACAUUAAAUUAUAGAAAUUCUGAUUAAUAGUACUGGUGUAAUAAUCUGCUUUGGCUAUUUCUGCAGUAUAUUACUAUAAACAACUUUGUUGUUCCUGAAAAAUAGAUUUUAAAAACAAAUAGAUAUUAAAGAUUAUAAAAUUGUUUAAUUUCUUAUUUGUAUAGAAUGGGUACUGUGUGAUACUAAGAUCUACAAUAAAGACUUAAAUCAUG